CUUCACCGUUUUUUUGUUCUUCUUUUUAUUUAGUUAGAAAGACUUAUUGUUUUGAUUAAGGAUUUUGAGGAAAAAAUUUGUAACGAUGAUGCUACACUUCAGCAAUCCUGCAAAAUUGAAAACCAAAAGGAUUAUAUUUGAAGAAAUCUACGGUGCGGGUGAUCCGUCCACUCUAAUGGAGUUGAAAGAAUUAAGUGCUAGGCGCAGAGCAAUCGAGGAGUCCAUUAAUGAGACCAGUGUUACUGCAAAGGCCACUGCAAGAGAAAUAGCUGGAGGAUUGACUUCUAGGCUUGAACAAGACCUGCUGAAGCUGGAAUUGUAUCUGCCAUUGUUGGAAAACUUAAUAUUCCAUGCUACCUCGUCUGGAAAUGGUGGUUCUGGUGUGGAACUGAAGAUAAGUUGGUCUAGUGCUUUAAGUCCCACUCGCUUCAUUGGUGGUUGCAAGUUCCUUCACAAUGAUGAGUUGUGUUUUGAGCUUGGGAUGGCUCUUUUCCUUUAUGGUGCAAUCUUGAGAGAGAGAGCCCAAGAAGUUUUAUUGAGAUGAGAUCUAGCACAAUCUGGCGAUCUCUACAGGAAAGCAGCCGGUGUUUACCAUCAUCUGUUUCAGCAGGUACUCCCUAGUUUAAAACCUGCAGUAGGUCCGGAAAGGCCACCACCAGAGACCAACCCUUCCCUUUCCAAUGUUAUGAACCUCAUUUGCUUGGCCGAGGCACAGGGUGCAGCUCUUAGAAAAGCCGUGGAGAAGGGGAUGAGUGUAGGACUUUUAUCAAAGCUUGAUUGUGGAAUCAAAGAGCUACUUGAUCAGGCUUAUAGUAUUUUAAAUUCAUUUAACGGGAAAUGCGAAAUAAUUUCAGCGAAGCUUGAGGAGUUUAUAUGCUUCUCAAGAUCUUUGCAUGAGUUAAGGAGCAAAAGGUACUUGGCUGAUAGUAUGAAGAAUGGUUUGAAGAAAGGGAAUGUAGGCUUAGCGAUUGGUGUUCUUCGUAUAGCGCUAGAAAAUAUAAAAGGAAAAACUCCAAAAAAAGAAUCAUGGCAGUUGGUGUUCAAGAAGGAAAUUAAGAUUGUUCACGAGAUAUUAAGGAAGCUUGAGCAAGAGAAUGGCUUUGUGUAUCAUGAAAGGGUACCCAUUGAUGUUGACCAAUUUCCCUCACCUGAAAGUAGGAUAAUAGUUAAAGCGGCACCAUAUGAUCCUAAGAGCGUCCACAGUGGUGCGAGUAUAACCAAAGACCAAAGACUAAAAAAAAAGACCAAAUUUGGGUUUAGUCCGUCAUGUGGCGUAGUGGGAAAAGUAGUGGGAAAAGAGUAUAUUUGG